AUUGGCUGCGAUGUUAUCACACUCACAAUCAUAGACGGUUAAAGAAAGAAAGAAAGAAAGGAAAUAAUCAGCUGUCUUAUGAUUUAGUGUUUACCAGAGACAACUAGAGAAAAGGAAAGGAGUUAACUUUAUACUGAAAUAGUUCCUGGAGAGGUCGAUAUCUGCGUCUGUUUCUCUGUUUCCGGCCAAAGUCACAGUCCCGGUGAUUAUAAUGGCGUUUUCCAAAAAAUGGAAGCGGUGUUGAGCCUUGUGUCGUUAACCGCCACCAAGGUGUUACAGUUGUCCGGACUCUUCGACGACAGGAAUGUCCUGAAGGUUAAAAAGAUGGAGGAGAAAGCGUUAGAAGUGUACGACGUGAUCCGGUCGAUCCGGGACCCGGAGAAGCCCAACACCCUGGAGGAGCUGGACGUGGUGACGGAGAAGUGCGUGGAGGUCCAGGAGCUCGGAGAAGACGAGUACCUCAUCAUCAUCAAGUUCUCCCCGACCGUCCCUCACUGCUCCCUGGCCACGCUGAUUGGUCUGUGUUUACAGGUGAAGCUGCAGAGAUGUUUGCCUUUCAAACACAAGGUGAGCGCCGGAAGAGCAACUUGUUCUUAA